UUUCACUUGAAGGAUGAGAUCCCUGAAACACCUCAAACAUCACACCAGGAACAAUGUGCAGGAGGAGCAGCAGCAGAGGGAGGAAGAGGAGAGGGAGCGGGAGAGGCCUUCGAAGGUCCGCAACCCGUCUGAAGUAAUGGAGCCUGAGCCAAAGGAGUCCCAGCAGCAGCAGCCCCCGCCACAGGCCCAGCCGGUGGAUGUGGGCACGCAGACGGACCCGGUGGUGGUGCUGUCGCUGGCCCAGGCCGCCGUGCUGGGCCUCAUCUCCCAGAACGAGAUCUUCGGCGCCACCAUAGCCCCCAACGGCUUCUACACUGGCGAGCCCCGCGAGCACAUGCUGCUCUCUUCGCCUCCGCCACCUCCGCACCACCACCACCACCAACAACAACACCACCCACACCACCAUCAACACCACCACCCUCAUCACCACCUCUCACUACCCCACCCCCCGCCCGAGGCUCUGGAGUACGAGUACGCUGCUGAGAGCACCCUGAUUGGUGCCAACGGGGACUACCUGGCCCUUCCAGCAGGCAGCUCAGAGGAGAGGGGCCCGCGGAGACGGCCGGGGCCCAGGGGCCGGAUGCGGCGACCCCGCAGCAACGGGGAGGUGGAGGUGGCUGGCGGCGGAGGCGACCCGGAGGACCAGGAGCCAGCGAACAAGAUUCAGAUCCGCCAUGCGCACACCCCUAUCAGCGUGAAGGGAGAGGGGCCCGAGCACAUGGCACUGCCCGCCUGUGCGGGAGGCAGCCCGGGCAGAGGUGACCAGCCCAUGGACCUGGCACCACAGAGGGGGCCCCUGAAGGAGGAGGCGUGCCACAGAGACUGCUCCGACUGUGGGAGUGGAGGAGGAGGAGGAGGAGGUGCCAGCUAUCGUGGAGGCAGGGGGGAGAUGAUGAGGCCCCGGUCCAACCCGGGACGACCCGCCGAGCCGGGGAGAGGAGCCCGCGAGCGACAGGAGGGGGCACGCACGGGCAAAGUGGAGACCAUGGAAGAGGGCACCGCGGAGGACGCUGAGGACGAGCGCAUGCGCGGCUCGCUCCUGAAGAGCCCGGGACAGGACGAAGAGGACGAGGAGGCCGCCGCUGCCGCCGCCAGGGCUGAAGAGGAUGAUGAUGAUGAGGAGGAGGAGGAGCAGAGCAGCGCGCUGCGACGCUAUUACGAGUCCAGCGUGGUCGGCUACGAGGCGGCCGAGAUGGGCCUGCAGGGGGACUACGAGGAGGGGGGACCCGGGGGUGCGACGGCCGCGGCGGCGGCAGCAGCGGCCGCCAUGCUGUGGGCGGACCACCCGGACGGCGAGGCUUCGCUGGGCCGGCGCAUGCAGAUCGACCGGCUGGACAUCAACGUGCAGAUCGACGAGUCCUACUGCGUGGACGUGGGCGAGGGCCUGAAACGCUGGAAGUGCCGCCUGUGCGAGAAGUCGUACACAUCCAAGUACAACCUGGUGACGCACAUCCUGGGCCACAACGGCAUCAAGCCGCACGAGUGCCUGCACUGUGGCAAGCUCUUCAAGCAGCCGAGCCACCUGCAGACGCACCUGCUCACGCACCAGGGCACGCGGCCGCACAAGUGCACCGUCUGCAAGAAGGCCUUCACGCAGACCAGCCACCUGAAGCGCCACAUGCUCCAGCACAGCGACGUCAAGCCCGUCAGCUGCCGCUUCUGCCGCUUCCUUUUACCUCGGCGAAGGCGCGACGACGAGGCCAAGCACGAGAACGGCCACUGCCAUUGCGUGUAACGCGCGGUGCGCCUGAGUUCCGGCGCGACGCUGCCUCAGCGGCACCAGGCCAGCCACCAGGGGCCCGCCACCUUCCAGUGCCCCGAGUGCCACAAGUCGUUUGCCUACCGCAGCCAGCUGCAGAACCACCUGAUGAAGCAUCAGAACGUCCCCGACGCCUGCUCUCGAAAAGGCAUGGAGUUCGUCCAGAUCCACCACCUGCGCCAGCACGCGCUCACGCACAAGGGUAUGAAGGAAUUCAAGUGUGAGGUGUGCUCGCGGGAGUUCACCCUCUCGGCCAACCUGAAGCGCCACAUGCUCAUCCACACCAGCGUGAGGCCCUUCCAGUGCCACGUCUGCUUCAAGACCUUCGUCCAGAAGCAGACCCUCAAGACCCACAUGAUUGUGCACCUGCCCGUCAAGCCCUUCAAGUGCAAGGUGUGUGGCAAGUCUUUCAACCGAAUGUACAACCUCCUGGGACACAUGCACCUCCACGCUGGCAGCAAGCCCUUCAAGUGUCCUUACUGCUCCAGCAAAUUCAACCUGAAGGGCAACCUGAGCCGCCACAUGAAGGUCAAGCACGGCAUCCUCGAUGGCUCGCCCGACGGACAAGACACUCUGCCAGAGAUGGAGGGGCAGGAUGACUACGAGGAGGAGGGCUUUGAGUUUAGUGAGAGGGAGAACCUGGCCAGCAACAACGCACAAGACCUCAGCAAGCUGGCCGAGAUGGCCUACUACGGCUACGGCAAAGCAGCCGCGCGCUACUCUCUACCCUGAACCACACACCCCUGUGGCUCCUUCAAAAAGUUUCCAUAGGCCAAUUGGAGGGAAGGGUGUGUGUGUGUGUGUGUGUGUGUGUGUGUGUGUGUGUGUGUGUGUGUGUGUGUUUGUUUAUGGGACCAUCUUGGUCUUUUGCACUGGAGGACAGAAAAACCUGUGAAAGUUUUCUUUGGGGUGGGUGUUUUUUUUUUUUUUUUCUGGAGUGCCAACUAUUUGUCACAUUACCCUUCAUAUUUUUGUGAACUCUCCACCCCUCCAUCUGAAAGACUGUUUUUUUGUGUAAAAAUGUUUGAAAUUAUUUUUUUUCCCCAAGAGUCAUGUUGAAGUCUUUGACAUAAGCAGUUAAAUUGCAAAAUAUUCCUGAGGCUAAUGCAUUACUAUGUGUAGUGAAAUAUGUACAGCCAUCUUGAGGCACUUAACAGACGGAUAAUCCAUGGCUCCAUUCAGGAGGGCUCUGUUGGUGACGUCCUCCCAUUCAUGGGCAUUUUGUUCUGGUUUGUUUUUUUAUUUGUUUUUCUAUUUUGUCCAUAUUAAAGCACAUCAUGAAAUGAGUCAGUAGCACCUCUCCAUGUCCUCUGCAGAGUUCAGCACAGCGAGUUGCUUGGACAAACCAAAGCUGACUAAAUGAAAAUGGUCUCCAACAUUGGGGUGUGUUUUGUCAUUUCCUUUCUCAUUUUUACCCCCUCUUCUGUUUUUAUGUUUCUUCAUCUUUUUUAUCUUUUCACACUCGAUCUCUGUCUGACACACUGUGAUUAUCGUUACAAAUGACAUUUUCUGCAGCUAUUCUGUGAACUGUUGAGGAAGCAAACAGCAUGUAUUUUUUCGAUUUGUAAACUCGGUGAGCUGUACGUUUCUGCUUUUUUGGUGUGUUUAUGAGUGACUUCUUCCAGUGCCUGGCUCGCUCGCUCGCUCUCUCUCUCUGGGUGCUGGCCCAGAGUCCUGCUUUGUUUGUGUCGCUUCACCCCCAUGGCCUUGUGAACCACCGUGCAGUUCCUGCCACCAUCACCAUGUAAUAAAACAGUGAGGGGCCAAUCCUCCUGGAAACUGUCUAAGUUGGUGGGGGAAAAAUGACAAUGCUAGAAUAAUUGGAGUGGCUGGCCAAAUAGUGGGAACAUUACUUAUCAUACUCUCAAUUCUUGGUCAUAUUUCUCAUUCAUGUCAUCCCACAAACCCCCCCCCCCCCCCC